AGUCUUUUUGAACGCGCGUUUGGAUGCGGAAAAAACGGAAAAAUGUCGAAUUUAAGCGUUUGCCGGCUGUGCUUAAGAGAAGAAGAGCUCAAUCAACUCAAACAGGAUGACGAGAACAUUCUGCAGAUGAUCCAGCUGCUCAUAUCGUUACACAUAUGGGACGAUUCCGAGACGUUAACCCUUUUCCUGUGCGUACACUGUGAAACGCUGUUGAACCAAUUCCAGCUGUAUCGUGAAGAGUGCAUCAAUAACGACAAGAUAUUUCGACAACGGCUGGCGGAAGACGCCGAACGGAGAGCGAAAUCGGACGAAUACGAAAGCAGCCAACAAAAACUGGACGAAAUCGAAGUGGAUGGCACGAGACUGGCUGUGAUAUUUGAAGAUGAAGAGCCACAAAUGGUGACAAGGCAGCGACGAACGGUACAGAAAUCCGCCAAACCCCCCGAGGUUCCGAGAGGAAAAGAAGCGCAGCCUCACGAGAAGCAAACAAAGACGAAAGAAGGCCAGCAUCAAGCGCAACGGUUGGUGCCAUGUAAGCAGUGCGGAAAGAUGAUCGUCCGUAGCAAUAUGCACAAGCACCUGGCAACGCAUAAUCCGGAUCGGCCGCAGAAGAGUUGCUCGCACUGUGGCAAGAUGUUCAGGGAUUCGCAGCUUCUAAACGUACACAUCAACAGCCACCACACGUUCGAGAGGAAGUACGUAUGCGAUGAGUGCGGCGCAGUGUACUUACGACCCAACUCGCUUCGGGAGCAUAAGCUGGCGAAACAUUCUUCCGAGGCACGGUACGAGUGCAAGGAGUGUGGCAUGAGGUUUUCCAAUUUCUCCAAAAAGAGUCACCAUUACAUAGCGAUGCACACAGACGUGAAACCAUUUGCCUGCCAGUACUGCGAUAAAGCCUUCAAGUUUAAGUGCGAUCUGACGAUUCACACUCGAGUCCACACCGGCGAGAAACCGUUCAAAUGCGAUAUCUGCGGGAAAUCCUUCAGCAAGAGCUACAACGUCGUUAUUCAUAAGAAAUCUCAUCGAAAUGUUGAUUAGAUAAAAUAAAUUCUAAAAUAGAAAAAGGAAAAACGAAAAUCGCUGUUCCGAA